CCCGGCCGGGCUAGGCGCGCGCGGGUCGCUCAGGACCCCGGCCCCGCGGGGCGGAGGGCGGGCGGCGCGAGGGACUCGGCCCUGCGGCCUCCCCGCCGCCUCGCGGAGCAGGUCCCUGCGGGGGACGCUGACCCGUGCGGCCCGGAGUUCCUCUUGUGAGCGAUCGAUCCUGGCCGGAUUCAAGCCCCAGUAGUCUGGCCCCGGCAUCUGAUCUCCGAGCCGUGGAAUUCGAGCUUCGUUCCUUUUAUUCUCCUUGGUUUUGAUGAAUUUCCUGUCUCCUAGACCCUUAGAAUUAACACUAAGAAACAGACUUCGAGAAGUCGUUCUCGUGUGAGCGUAGCUGUCCCAGCCGUAGCAUAUUCUGGAAGGUCAUGAGGAGGUUUCUGUUGCUCUACGCUACCCAGCAAGGACAGGCAAAGGCCAUAGCAGAAGAAAUAUGCGAGAAAGCAGCUGCACAUGGUUUUUCUGCAGAUCUUCACUGUAUUAGUGAGUUGGAUAAGUAUGAUCUGAAAACUGAAACAGCGCCUCUCGUUGUGGUGGUUUCUACCACGGGCAACGGAGACCCACCCGACACAGCCCGCAAGUUUGUUAAAGCCAUACAGGACAAGACGCUGCCGGGUGACUUCUUUGCUCACCUGCGGUAUGGACUACUAGGUCUGGGUGAUUCAGAAUACACAUACUUCUGUAACGGGGGGAAGAUAAUUGAUAAACGACUUCAAGAGCUUGGUGCCAAGCGUUUCUAUGACACUGGCCACGCGGACGACUGUGUAGGUUUAGAACUUGUGGUCGAGCCAUGGAUUAACGGACUCUGGGCCGCCCUGGUGAAGCAUUUUCUGUCGAGUAGAGGAAAAGAGGAAAGUCUCACAAUGGCAUCUAAUGCCUCCCAGAGGACAGACCCCUUGACACCGGAAUUAUUACACAUUGAAUCACAAGUUGGACUUCUGAGAUUAGAUGAUUCGGGAAGAAAGGAUGCUGAAGUUUUGGAACAAAAUGCAGUGAACAGAGGUCAAUCGAAUACUUUGAUUGCAGACUUUGAGUCCUCACUUACCCAUUCAGUACCCCCACUUUCACAAGCCUCUCUGAAUAUUCCCGCUUUACCACCAGAAUAUUUACAGGUGGAUCUGGAGGAGUCCCAUGGCCAGGAAAGCCAAGCACCGGUGACCUCUGUGGAUCCAGUUUUUCAUGUUCCAAUUUCAAACGCAGUUCAACUGACUACAAAUGAUGCCAUAAAAACCACUCUUCUGAUAGAAUUGGACAUUUCAAAAACAGAUUUUUCCUACCAGCCUGGAGAUGCCUUUAACGUGAUCUGUCCCAACAGUGACUCUGAGGUGCAGCACCUGCUCCAAAGACUGCAGCUCGCAGACAGGAGAGACCACUGUGUUGUCUUAAAAAUUAAGGCAGACACGAAGAAGAAAGGAGCAUCCUUGCCCCAGCACAUCCCAGAGAGGUGUUCUCUCCAGUUCCUUCUUACCUGGUGCCUUGAGAUACGAGCAGUUCCCAAAAAGGCGUUCUUGCGAGCCCUCGCGGACCACACGGGCGACGGCGCGGAGAAGCGGCGGCUGCAGGAGCUGAGCAGCAGGCAGGGGGCAGCCGACUACAACCGCUUCGUCAGAGACGCCUGUGCCUGCCUCCUCGACCUCCUGCUGGCCUUCCCGUCCUGCCAGCCUCCGCUCGGCCUCCUGCUCGAGCAUCUUCCUAAGCUCCAACCCAGACCAUAUUCAUGUGCAAGCUCAAGUCUGUUUCACCCAGGGAAGCUUCAUUUCAUUUUUAACAUCGUGGAGUUUUUGUCUAAUGCCACGGAGGCAGUUCUGCGGAAGGGCGUGUGCACAGGCUGGCUGGCCACGUUGGUUGAAUCAGUUCUUCAGCCUAACGCAUGUGCAUCCCAUGCAGAUGUCGAGAAAGCCCUGGUACCCAAGAUAUCCAUCUCUCCUCGAACAACAAAUUUUUUCCACUUACCAAAUGACCCCUCAGUCCCCAUCAUGAUGGUGGGUCCAGGAACUGGCAUAGCACCUUUCAUUGGUUUCCUGCAACAUAGAGAGAAACUCCAAGAGCAACACCCGGAUGCACACUUUGGGGCGAUGUGGUUGUUCUUUGGCUGCAGACACAAGGACAGGGAUUAUUUAUUCAGAAAUGAGCUCAGACAUUUCCUUAAGUGUGGAAUUCUCACUCACUUGAAAGUUUCCUUCUCAAGAGAUGCUCCUGCGGGGGAGGCGGAAGCCCCCACAAAGUAUGUGCAAGACAGCAUCCGACGCCACAGCAAGCAGGUGGCAGGGGUCCUCCUUCAGGAAAGCGGUUAUAUUUACGUGUGUGGAGAUGCUAAGAAUAUGGCCAAGGAUGUAAAUGAUACCCUUGUGGAAAUAAUAAGCAAAGAGGUUGGAGCUGAAAAACUAGAGGCAAUGAAAACAUUGGCUACUUUAAAAGAAGAAAAACGAUAUCUUCAGGAUAUUUGGUGAUAAAAGCGGAAAGUAAAGGAAGAGAAUUAAGCUUUUUUGGCUGCAAGUACUAAAUACAACUUUAAUGAAGCUUGAGACUUUCAAUGUUUAAAUUAAAAAAUUUUUUAAACUUUUCUUGGAGGAGGUGGGGGGUGGGGAAUGGACCACUUAACCAUGUAUCUACCUCUCCCCCCAACCCUCCCCAAACAGCCCUGAGCUGAAAGGCAGCCCUCACUCCUCCACCAGCACCUCCUGGGGCCGCCUCUCCAUCCUGAGAACUUUUGCAGAGACCUGGACCACUUCACAGGGCCUCUCUAGCAGUACGUGUGAGGGCUUCUCAGUACAGGAUACAGGUACAAGGGUUGACUGGGUAGAUAGAUAGAUCUUGUGAACUUGUUGCCAGUUUUUUUAAUAAUCUAAAAAUAAUUUAUAUUCUUAUAUAAAAUAUACCAUAAAGAAUAUUCAUGAGUGUAUUAAAAUUACGUAUGUAUAGCAUAUCUGAUUACAUGUUUAUAUAAUUUUAUCAGAUGGUUUAUUACCAAAAUUAUAUUUCUGAUAAAAAAUAUUUUAAGGUAAUACUCAUAGGGAUUUUUGUAAUCAUGUUAGGAAUAUGAAACAUAUUUUGAAAUUCCACUCUGGUGUAUGAUUUAUUUACCUUGAUUACUUCUAUUUAAUAUCACUAUUCCAAAAUUUAGAGAAAUUUGCAUUCAGUUUAUAGAUGCAAGCAAGUGCAUAUUUUAGUAAAGCUACAACACUUUUCUCCUCUCUCUACCACCCCCCUACCCCCUUUCCCUGUCUUUUGAUUUCUACUCCUUUUGGUGUAUUUUUAAGUUUUUCCAAUAAUUUAUUUUACCUCUGUGACAUCACACAGGCUGUAAGCUGGGCUUGAAACACCCACUUAAAAUCCUUGUAUUUUUAAAAUGUCUACUAUUGUCUGAAUAUUUAUGUCCCCCCAAAUUCGUAUGUCUGAAUCCUGACCUCCGAUGUGAUGUAGUAGGAGCUGGGGCUGUUGUGGGGUGAUGAGGUCGCGACGGUGGAGCCCUCAGGAGGGGGUCAGUGCCCUUGUUACAAGAGGCCUGGCAGGCUCCCUGCUCCUUCCGCCCUGUGAGGACACAGUGCAGAGUUGGCCAUCUGCAACCCAGAGGCCUUCACCCGAACCCGGCAACACUGGCACCUGGUUGUGAGCUUCCAGAACGGGAGAAGUUCUGUUGUUUGUGAGCCACCCAGGGGUGUUUUAUUACAGCAGCUCGAAUGGACGAAGACAGUUCCCGGUGACACAUUCUCUCUUAAACUUUGUCAAGACAGAAAACAAAAUGUAAAAGGGGUAGGAAAACUUUUCUCCUAGGUACUACUAUAUAUUGUUUUUUUUUAAUUGAAGAGAUUGGCAUUUAAAAAAUAAAUCUCUAGCUGUCAAAGAUUUCUGGUUGUUUUGCAAAAUAAAGAUCUGAAGGAAAUGUGAUA